AUGUCGGAUGCACUCAAAGCUAUAACGGCAGUGUCUGCUGUCUCUUCAUUCGUUUUCGUGGGGUAUCGACCGGAUCUGUUACCGACUUCGCGGCCCUCAUACAUUGGAACCUUCGUGCUAUUAUGGAUAACUUCAUUUUUGGGUUGGGCGUUCUGGAAAGUUAUACUAUAUCCAAAGUAUUUCUCUCCACUACGGCAUCUGCCUAUGCCAAAGGGAGGUAGUUGGUGGAAUGGACAUUUCAAAGAGAUCUCCGCGAGAGCGACUGGAGAACCGCAUAUCGAAUGGGUCAAUACUAUACCUAACGAUGGCCUCAUUCGUUACCUGGGACUUUUGAACAGCGAGCGCCUCAUUGUCACCUCUCCCAAGGGAUUGAGCGAAGUCCUCACAACUCAGAAUUAUGAUUUCAUCAAGCCGAGUCAUGUCGCAAAAGGUCUAGGACGUCUUCUUGGGAUAGGGAUUCUGUUAGCAGAAGGAGACGAGCACAAGACGCAAAGGAAGAAUCUAAUGCCGGCAUUUGCAUUCCGUCACGUCAAAGAUCUCUACCCUACAUUCUGGUCCAAGUCCCGAGAAUUAGUUGCUGCUAUGACAGCACACAUCGAAGCAGGUGGAAUUCCCAAUGAUGAAUUGCCAGAGUACCAGAAGAGACCAGAUGUGGAGAAUGAUACGGCAGUUUUGGAGGCACACCAAUGGGCAAGCAGAGCUACCCUGGAUAUCAUUGGUGUGGCAGGUAUGGGACAUGACUUUGGCGCAAUCGCUGAUCCAACCUCAAUCCUUAACCAAACUUACCGCGCCGUUUUCAAACCUACACGCCAGGCUGCGAUUCUUGGACUUCUCAAUACCUUCCUCCCGCUCUGGAUUGUGCGGAAUAUUCCCAUCAAACGAAACGGCGAUAUCGCCUCUGCAGUUACUGUCAUCAGAGAUACAUGUCGUUUUCUUAUUCGAGAGAAGAAGGAGAAACUGGAGAAGAAAGAACUGCACGAUUGUGAUAUCUUGUCAGUGGCCAUGGAAUCUAGAUACUGGGGCGAAGAAGCGCUCAUCGACCAAAUGAUGACUUUCCUCGCAGCUGGCCACGAAACCACAGCUGCAUCAAUGACAUGGGCAACCUAUCUCCUCGCCAUCAAUCCAGGAAUUCAAGCCCGCCUCCGCGCCGAAGUCAGAGAAAAGCUGCCCAGUCCAGAUCUACUAGAUGAAGGUGUCACAGCUCAGCAAAUCGAUCAUCUACCUUACCUCAAUGCUAUCUGCAAUGAAGUUCUCCGCUACCGCUCUCCAGUUCCCUUGACACUCCGAGAUGCAGCUCACGACACCACUCUCCUCGGAACCGCCAUCCCUAAAGGGACCCGUGUCAUGCUUGUCCCAUGGGCAACGAACAAAACGGAAUCUCUUUGGGGAUCCGACGCCCGUGACUUCAAUCCCGACCGCUGGCUACCUUCCGAAAGCAAUCCCCACGCUGCAGGAAAUGGAGGCGCGAAGAGUAAUUAUGCUUAUUUGACUUUCUUGCAUGGACCUAGGAGUUGCAUUGGGCAGAGCUUUGCGAAGGCGGAGUUUGCUUGCUUGUUGGCUGCGUGGGUAGGUAGGUUUGAGUUUGAGGUUAAUGAUGAGAGGGAGUUGGAUGAGGAUAACAUUGUCAUCAAGGGGGGUGUCACGGCGAAGCCUUCGAGGGGGAUGUAUUUGAGGACUAAAGUUGUUGAGGGCUGGUGA